CAUUUCGGUGUUCUUACGCUGUCAGUUACAGUCCCUUCUCUCUCUCUUCUCUCCCUAUCUCUUACUUAGCUCACGCCUUACGCGUCUCUCUCUCUCUCGCGCACACGACAGGGACAAGCUCCUCCUCUCUUCAAUCCUUCUUCGCAGAGAAUAGAAACAUCUUCGUAGUUUGAAGAACUUAGAAGAAAUCAAGCGAGGAUGUCGUGGCAGACUUAUGUUGAUGACCAUCUGAUGUGUGACAUCGAUGGUUCUGGUAGUCAUCUCACUCACUCUGCGAUCAUCGGUCACGACGGAAGCGUUUGGGCUCAGAGUCCCGGUUUCCCUCAGUUUAAGCCUGAGGAAAUAACUGGCAUUAUGAAUGACUUUGCCGAACCUGGAACACUUGCUCCAACUGGCUUAUACGUUGGUGGCACAAAGUAUAUGGUGAUUCAAGGUGAAGCUGGGGCUGUCAUUCGAGGGAAGAAGGGCUCUGGUGGUAUCACCAUAAAGAAAACCAGUCAGGCUUUGAUCCUUGGAAUCUAUGAUGAACCAGUCACUCCUGGCCAGUGCAACAUGAUUGUUGAAAGGCUUGGUGAUUAUCUCAUUGAUCAGGGUCUUUAGUUGCUUUGAGAAAUAAUAUUUACAUAGUUUGGGGUCAUGGAGUCUGUGUUGAUCAUAAGUAUUUGAGAUUUGGAAGGUGAUAGAUAAUGAUCUCUUCCUAUUUUUAGCUAUUUCUGGCUCUGUAUUUUCCCUGU